AUGUCGUCGCAUUUGACCCGCGUUGUUUUCCGCAGCAUCAUCGCGAACGAACCUCUGCUGUACCGUGGCUGUCGCCAUCAAGCCCCCCGACCGCGCCUCACAAUCCACCAUGGCGAUCGAGCGCCCCCGCAGAUCCAACGAAGGACAUUUCUUAAUUUCUUCAAGCCGCAGCGGAAACUUAAACCGAUGGAAAUGCCGGCUGGCCUCGAGAAGAUGGCCGAGUUGAUGUAUGCACAAAACAACGCUCUACGACCACCAAAACCGAAAGAGGUUGCUCACGCGUUGGUGGCCUUCUUUGCUCAGAGGAAAGGAGCUCUUGAGGACUUCCACAUUGCUACUGCGCACAACGCCCUCAGUCAUCUCUUGGGGAAUCCGCAAGAAAAUGGGCAAUCUUGGCUGAGCACGAAAGAAUUGGACAUGAUUUUCACUACAUUGCUGGCUCCAUCGAAGCGGCCGGAAGCCAUCGGGCAGGCACAUGUUGAAUUUGGUCGAGCCAUAAUUGACGAGCUUGCAAAGAUGGCGGAGACUAAGGAGGGCGAAGCCAAUGUUAACACCCUCAAGAAGGAGUAUCGUCUAGACGAGAUGCGCAUGAACGCGAAACUAAUACGACUGUUAUCGAGAUUGGGGGCUGCCAUCGAAGCGAGGAACACUGCUGCAGAGAAGGUCCGAUACGAUCCAACCGCGUUACCACAACAUCGUUCAAUUUCUCUACGUGUAUGGGGUGACGUGCUUGGAGGCCUCGUCCGGGAGGGAAAUCUAGACGAAAUCCUGAAAACGACCGAAAUGCUACAAUCGUUGUCUAUCCCCUUGACACAGUCGAUGCAGGCCAGUCUAGUACAGUUUUUUGCCAAGCGAAAGGACCUUGAAAGAGCCAAACUCUGGUAUUCCCAUUCGAGUUUGAGAUGCUCAGGCGAAGCAGGCGCGCGUCCCUACCUGGCUGCGAGCAUUGACUUGUUGAAAGCGUGCGCGUUAAGUGGUGAUAUUUCCUUCGGCCAACAGGUGGUAGCCAACACGCUCAAGGGUAAAAUGCGAGAGAAAGAAUCAUGGGACGCCAUCUUUCUCUGGUCUGCUGCCAUCGGCAAAGGCGCAGAUGAGGUUGAUCGAAUGAUGGACGUUUUGGUACGCCGCAACGAUGAGGCAAGACAGAAGAAUCCCAGUCGUGAAGUAAUCCGUCCGGAUAUCGAGACUAUCAACAUCCUGGUUGAACUCUUCAUGUCGAAGCAGGAUCCGUACUCGGCUGAGCGUUACAUCGCUCUUGGGGAGAAGAGAGGCAUUAUACCUAACGAGAGGACAUUUACAAUGCAGAUGCAAUACCGAAUUUCCGUUGGAGAUAUCGACGGGGCAAGAGCUGCCUACUUCAAUCUGCAGGGCAGCUUUUCCGGCGCAGAGCAGAGCGUGGCCGUUAUCAAUCAACUCAUCCAGGUUCUCUGCGUGUCAAAGCAACACCACUUCGAUGAAUUAAUGGCUAUGGUAGACGAUCUGCAUGAACGUAAAGCCAGCUUUGCCCCAGAAACCAUCGCUGCGCUAACCCUCCUCCAUCUUCGGAGGGGCGAGAUCCAUGAUGCGAUGGAUUUACUCCAAGUACACGCGCAUCAAUACUCCCCGGCUCAACGAACUGUCAUUCAGAAGACUCUUUCGGCUUUUAUCCUAGACGGUGAGACAAGCACCUCAGACGCGUGGGAUGGAUAUCAGAUUCUGCGUAAUGUCUUCCCCGAAACUUCACUCGAUGCUCGCAUACCUAUCAUGAAGGAGUUUUUUGCACGAAAUCGGUCAGACAUGGGCUGUCAUGUCUUCUUCCACAUGCGUAACCACGUCAGCAAAGCGCACCGUGCCAACCGAGACGUAUACGUCGCAGCCUUCACGGGCUUCGCGCGUUGUGCAGAUGCCGAGUCACUUGAGCUGGCGCACAAUCAGCUGAAGCUUGACUUGAAUGUCGACAUGGAUACUAGGUUGCGCAACUCGUUGAUGCUUGCUUAUGCGGCGACGGGAGAGAACAAGAAAGCGAUUCAGUUCUGGAGAGAUAUUUGCGCGUCGAAGGAAGGCCCUUCGUAUAACAGCAUUGCCAUCGCUUUUCGAUCCUGCGAAGGAAUGCAUUGGGGUGGCGAGCACGCCAAGUCGAUCUGGAAACGCCUAAAGGAGCAAGAUGUUGAGAUUGAUAAAACGAUAUGGACGGCUUAUAUGUGCGCAAUCGCACGGAACCAUCACCACGAUGAGGCGCAAACGCUUAUAGAAACCGUGGAGGAGGAGUAUGGGUUUACCCUAGAUCUGCACGUUCUCGGUAGCUGGUUCAACAUGACUGCUAACAACGAGAAGCAAGCCCAUGUCGAGGAGUGGAUUAAACAACGAUAUCCGGAGGUGUGGAAGGAGAUGGAGACUUUGGGCCACUGGGUCACUAUGGAUGGUUUUGGGUACCGACAGUACCACAUCAAUCGCGAUCUGGAUCCGUAG